AUGAAGCGUCCUGGUCGCGCCAUCACGCCGUCAGCAAAAAUUGAAGUAUAUCAAUUCCAGCCUUCUAUUGCACUUCUGACGCAGCGAUACUGUGCACGCAGCUUCAAGCAGCGGGCCAAUGGUCGGCCCUACGAGCACGAUCCCGAGAAAGGUUUCACCAUGGACAUUAUGAUGAUGAUGGACAUGGAAAAAGUGAGCACACUGCGUACCGAGUUCGAGCGCAAGGAUCAAGGCUUGUCCAUUGCCGAGUUCGUCUACGUCAUGAUGCGCUUUGUGCAGAGCAGCGCUCACACCGAUGAGAACUCUCGGCUCCACGAUCUGUCCGAGUCGCAGCUCGUCGCGAAUCUGUGCGAACUGUUUGCACAGAUUGAUAUCAACGGUGACGGCUCGAUGGAGUGGGAAGAAUUCACGUCUUUUAUUGUGGAUACGGGGCUGACAGUCAAGAACCACCAGCCAAACUCCAUCCAGCAAUACCACCACGUGCAAUGGGAAGACGCUUCAAAGCACAGCACGUUCAUCGACCAUAUUUAUUACUUCCCGUCCAACGAUCUUAUGGCGCUUGUCGAAAGUUGCAGUCCAUAUCUCAAGAUCUACAACGUCAACUGCGAGCUCAUGCGUACAAUCAAGUCCCCCGAAGGGUUUGUACAGUGUGCCGAGCAUUUGCCUAAGUUGCCCACACUCGAGUCUUUAGCCUCCGCUAGUAUGGAUCGAACGAUUCGUUUAUGGGACGUACACACAGGGAAGCACAAACAGCAGCUUGAUGGACACGCCAAGGGUGUGCGAUCGCUUGCCUAUUCACCUGAGUAUCGCUUCCUUGUGUCUGCGGGUCUGUGUGGGGUGGAAAUCAUUCCCGACCCCCCCCAGAUCAUCACGGCCGAUGUAGACGGAGUCUUCAAGGUCUGGGAUAUUCGUAACUUUGCCUGCAUGCAGACGUUCACAGCCGAGAAUAUGGGCGACGUCAAGAACAUUCUGAUCAAGUUCGACUACGAGAAGCUGGAAAAUCCCGAACUGACCGACGAUCACCCCGUGUUCAGUGCGCUGUACAAUCCAACGUCUCUCUCGUUCAUCACGGCUGCAGGAAGGGAUGUCAAAAUCUGGGAUGCGCGUCUUGGUAAGCUCAUUCGAGUGUACAGAGAUUUGAGUUCUUCGGACCUGACGACGCUCUGCUUGGACUUUCGAGAGCGCAAAUUUAUCAUCGGCGACCACGGGGGCAACAUCCACGUAUUCGACUACCUGAACGGCUCACACAUGAAGUCAUUUGCAUACCCAGACUUUGGCAAUCGAGCCCACACUGCUGAGGUCACUAAGUUGUGUUAUUGCGCGGAGCACAUGGCCGUCAUCAGUGUGUCGUGGGACUGUUCCAUCAAUAUCCACGACGAACGAGACUCGGAACGCGGCGUACUGCUUCGGAGGCUUGUCGGCGGACACUCGACAGAUAUCACAGCACUCAGCUUUUCGUACCACCUGUCCCUCUUAGCGUCCGGGUCAUCGGACUGCUCUCUGCAAGUCUGGGACUAUGAAUUCGGACGUCUGGACACCACAUGUAUCGGUCAUGUGAGUGGCUUGCUCUGUCUGCAUUUCCUCGACCCGUUUCCGCUGCUUCUAUCCAGUGACAGCACGGGCAACGUCUGCUUCUGGGCCAUGCGUCCGUCAGCUCGAUACAAGGGCAAGUGCGUCUUUCGCUUCCGCAACCAGCACAACCACCUGGGAACUGCGGCCGUAAACUGCAUCGCCACGCACUCUACGCGUCGUAACUCCUCAAAUUCACGCACUCACGUCGACAGCGACGACGAGGGUGAGAGGGAUCCAUUGGACUUCACGUCCUUCCUAGUCAUCACUGGAGACGACAAAGGUUUCUUGAGAGUGUGGAACGUUUUGCCGCUGCUCUUGCGUCUUGCAACCAGUUUUGAUCUUAAACCACUUGAGAGACCGGUCGAGUGUGCCAACGCGCAGCGGAAUCUACGGGUGGACGCGGCCAGUAUGGUGCGCAAGGCACGUAACUCGCCGGAAUAUGCUGCCUACGCGCAUCGUGACCCGCUCUCGUCUUUCUUCUAUUCGCCGGGUAUGCCGCUCGUAGCGACCGACGUGGAUGACGAUGAGGAAGCUCGAUGUGAAGACGGAGAGAUGCGGAGAUUGCCGCCAGUGUCGCUAGUUCGUCGCUGGAAGGCACACGGCGACGUGGUGUAUUCCGUACAGAUGAUAGCAGAGCCUAAGAGUCUCGUGACGUCGUCCUUCGACCGGCGGGUGAAGAUUUGGUCCCUCAGUGGUGAGUGUCUGGGUGUGCUCAUGCAGGGCGGGCUGGAUGCUUCGAGCAGCAACUUGAACUCCAACGCCGGUAAUUCCGACGGUAACGUGCAUCAUCCGUGGCGUUUCUCUGUGGACUACGACGCCCGUGAGCGUCGGAAAGAGACGGCGGCUGCGCCCGUCGUGGAAGACGUUCACGCCAUGCUGAGCCAGAACGAACGACGAGAUCUCACGACUGAGCGCCGACGCACGGAACGCAUUGCACAGGUCGCCGCAGCCGAAGCCAGCGUACUGGAGGAGAUCUCGCGAACAUAUCUACCGCCGCUGCUUCCUCGUCUAGCAUCGUCAACAGCAGUAACCGGAUCCAGUGUAUUUGCAUCACUGGGUACUGAAACGAGUGUCGUAGCGCUGCAGACAUUGCGUAAGACGCCGCGCCGCAAACCCGUGAAUGUGUCAAAUGCUGGGCGCUCGGCGCUCGUGACCGCAAGUCCACGCCAGCUUCGCCUCCGAAACAACAACAGCCGGAUGGCCUCACCUCGGCCACCCUGCUGA